AUGAAUGACGCUGCGCCAACUUCUGGAGCGACGAAUAACAUCGCACCAGUUUCAGCCUUGAGCCGCGACUCUGCUAGAGUGGUCCCCACGGUCGAUAGUCAGCCAACAGGACUCACCCCAGAAGCCUUGGUUGACCUAGAAUGUCCUGGAGAUGUUCAACUGGCACCGUCUGGGAAGAACGCAGUCUACUGUCUGCGCGCUGCAUCAAGACGAGGUGACCGUGUAACAUCUUCACUGUGGAUCGCUGAAGUUGGAAAGGAGCAUUCAGCACGUCAGAUCACGUCAGGGGAUUUCAAUGAUGAGCUUCCACGUUGGUCCUGGGACAGCAAAACCAUAGCAUUCGUGUCCGACAGGGCAGAGCCAGGAAAAUGUUCUGCCAUCUAUCUUCUUGAUCAGGCGUCGUUAGAGCCUGUCCCGCUUACAGACCCUAAGAAAAAGAAAAAGAUAUCGUCACUCAAAUGGAGCCCGAAUGAUCGCUAUAUUGCAUUUCUUUGUCCAGACGAGAUGACAGCCAAAGAAGAUUGCAAGCUUGCAAUUGGAGACGACGCAACCGUAUACAAUGCGAAUUGGGAUUACAGUCGUCUGCGGUGCAUCGAUGUUGGAACCAAGACCACCCUCACGCUCUUCGAAAAGGCGUCUCACGUUAACGAAUUCGCAUGGAAUCUAAAAUCCGACCAAAUUUUUUAUGUUUUGCAACCAACCCCCGAAUACAAAUCUUCCGCUUUGUAUCAAGGAGUCAUUCUGGAAAAGGUGUGCCUGGAAAAUGGUAACGCAACGAAGCUUUGUACCUUCCCAGGUCCUAUCAGUAGCUUGACAUGGUCCGAGUCCUCGAUGUAUUUCCUGGGCGGCAUAUCGCCAGACAAGAACAAUACAGUGAGCGGGAUCUACACCAUCGAUGAGAACGGGCAGGGUUGGACUGCAUUGGCUCUCGAUGACAGCGUUGAUGCAGUUGAUCUGCGCUUGGCUGCGACUUCUCUUAGUGUCCAGGUUCAGAAAGGCCUCCAGGAUCAGAUCUUGUUACUAGGUUGCUCUUCCGCCACCGUUCUUUAUACUAAGAAAUUCUAUAAUGAUAUAUCCGAGAUUAUCACCUGGGACAUCCUAGAUCUCGGUGAGGGAAACGUGGUUUUGGUGCUCGGGAAGGGCUCUCCCAAUUGCCCCACAGAGAUCUACUCAAUAUGGAAUCAGAAUGUGAGCCAGCUCUCGCAACACGGACAAGCCAUAACCAAGCUUGACAUAGCUUCUGCAGAAGUCUUCAACGCAACGGCGGAUGACAACACAGAGCUCGAUGGGGUGCUCUUGUUGCCAUCGAAAAGAGGUAGAAAACCUUGGCCAACAGUUGUGAUACCUCAUGGCGGACCUCAUACGAGAGUCACAUUUGGUUUUGACAUUCCAUAUUUCCAUUGGGGGCCGUGGCUCGCCGCAGCGGGCUACGCAGUCUUAUGUCCCAAUUACCGAGGUGGGAGUGCUCGAGGUGAAAAGUUUGCGAGCUAUGGUCGAGGUCUUCUGGGUACUAAAGACUAUAGUGAUAUAAUUGCGAUGGUUCUUUCAGGUAUCGAACGUGGAACUUUUGACCGAGAUAGGAUAGGAAUUGGUGGAUGGUCCCAAGGCGGGUUCUUAAGCUAUCUUUCGGUGACUCGACCGGCCUUUCGCUUUGUUGCUGCUGUUUGUGGUGGUGGAGUGACAGACUGGGACAUGUUAACGAUGUCUUCGGACGUUCCAGCAGUUGAAGAAGAAUUAGCAGGUGGAGCGCCAUGGAACAUGGAAAUGGACUGUCUCAAAACUCGGCACGUUAGCCCUGUCUGGCAUAUGAAGGAUAUUAAGACACCAAUCCUUAUCCUCCACUCAGAGAAAGACGAACGCGUUCCAGUAUCUCAGGCCUUUGCAUUUUAUCGAGGUUGCUUGCACCACAAGUACCGCUGUGACAUGGUUCUCUAUCCCAGAGAGCCCCAUAUGGUGGCUGAAAGAUUGCACAGGAUCGACAUGCUUAAAAGAAUCAGGCAUUUCUAUGAUUCGUACCUGCAAUGA